GCAGCAAACCAAACACAAGGUGAGACCGAGAGAACGCCUCGAACAAAAUAGCCUUUCCCGUUCUUUUUCUUUUCUUUCUUUCUCCACCGUCCGUCUGGUUCCUUGGUUUCGUCGCCGCUCCCCGGCGAUCUCCGCGACCGCGACCGCGCCGCCACUGCAGAUCUCGCCAAGGAACCCGCGCUCGGUUUCGUCGACCUAUUUGGGAAACCCGCGCCUAUAAUAACGCGCCCCCUCCCUCCGCUCCUCGCCUAGCCUCUCCCCCCAUCGAGCUCUCCGAGGCGCUCUUCCCCAAAGGGGCUCGUUCCUCCCUUCAGCGCCUUACCCCUACCUAACAUAAUGGCCGCGUCCACAUCUCAGCAUGCGCUUAUCUCCAUCAAACCUGCUGCCCCUGCUGCCAGCUUCAGCUGUGGUAAGAGAGCCGGCAAUGCGCGUUUUGUUUCGGCGACGGGUUGCUGCCCCGGUAGCCGGAAAUUCGGUUUGGUUUGCGCGGCGAACUCGCAGUCUUCGGUAAUCGAGCCGGUCCACCUGCCGUCGAGCCCCGAAAGCGGCAGCACCCCGAAGAAAUCAGGUGAAAGUGCGCUUAUAUUGAUUCGGCAUGGGGAAUCGUUGUGGAAUGAGAAAAAUCUGUUUACUGGCUGCGUUGAUGUGCCCCUGACCCCCAAGGGUGUCAACGAAGCAAUCGAGGCCGGUAAAAGGAUAUGCAAUAUCCCUGUUGAUGUAAUAUACACUUCGUCACUGAUUCGUGCUCAGAUGACCGCUAUGCUUGCCAUGAUGCAGCAUCGUCGUAAGAAGGUUCCAAUUAUUGUGCACAGCGAGAGCGAACGGGCACACCAGUGGAGUCAGGUAUACAGCGAAGAGACAAAGAAGCAGUCCAUCCCUGUCGUAACAGCUUGGCAGUUGAAUGAGCGAAUGUAUGGUGAACUUCAAGGCCUUAACAAGCAAGAAACGGCUGAUCGGUUUGGCAAAGACCAAGUUCAUGAAUGGCGUCGCAGUUAUGACAUUCCUCCCCCAAAUGGCGAGAGCCUGGAGAUGUGUGCAGAGAGAGCGGUUUCUUAUUUCAAAGAUCAAAUUGUACCUCAGCUUGUGGCUGGAAAGCAUGUUAUGAUUGCUGCCCAUGGGAAUUCACUUCGUUCAAUUAUCAUGCAUCUGGACAAGUUGACUUCUCAAGAGGUAAUCAGCCUUGAGUUGUCUACUGGCAUUCCUAUGCUGUAUAUAUUUAAGGAGGGGAAAUUUAUCAGGCGGGGCAGUCCAGCAGGACCUUCUGAGGCAGGAGUCUAUGCUUAUACCAAGAAAUUGGCUCAGUACAGACAGAAGCUUGAUGGCAUGUAACCAUCUGCUUUUAUUUUCUAGCAGUGGCUGGAGGUAUCCUCAUCCGUCGAACAUGCGUUUCUUCCACACAAGAAGUGGUCUAAGUUGAUACUGUUGGCAUUAGUAGUAACCGUCAGAUGUAAACGAGUUGCUGCAGUUUGUAGCGUCUCUUUUUGUCCCCUCUGAAACCUGGCAGCGUGUAACAGAGAAAUCUAGGGACAAACUCAGGCGACGACCUGAAAUAUAACACGAGGAUAAAAAUUCUGGGCACAACUGUGUUCACUUCCUGUUGUUCCCCAUUCAUAAGAUGACGAAGAUACAACCAUCCAGUAGUGAAAAGUCGUGUUAUAUUGUCUGACAUGAUACGAUGUGAUGAAAUCAUGUGUCCCCCCAAUGUGUUUUAUGAAAUCUCGCUCAUGAUGUUA